UACUUUGCUUGGAGAAAAGUGUCAGUUAAAUGAGUAAAUGUAAUGUAAUACUCCUGUGUGUAGGACCACCCAGCGGGCAGAAGUGGAGGAGUGUAGCAGUCCGGUUGGGGGUAGCGAGCGAUCGGGUCCUGUAGGCAUCGGGAAGGCCAAACACAGCUCGUACCAUGGUAUUCCGUACUAACGGCAGAGGCCGGGAGACCGGACAGGACAGAGCUGCCAUAGUCCAUUCGGGAUAUCGCCGUGCCUUGGACCAGGAGUUACGUACAGUUUCUUGUGAGACACGGUGGGAUCCUGCGGACGUAUCUGCAGGACCAGGUUGCGGCUUCAACACACGGAGACAAAGACAGACCCGAGUCGAUCGUUACUCCCGGACUCUUAGCCGAUGAGGUCGGCGGAACGAGCGACUCGUCCGGUUUCGCAGAGUUCUCCCGGAGGACGGACGGACCUGCCGGGAGGUGAAGAUCUCCGUUCGGCAGAAGUUGACUUGUAGGUGGUGAUCGGAGAUGUCCGAGAGGCGAGUUGCGAUGCGCGAGGAAACAUCUGUAACUCCGGGGGAAAGGAGAGGAAGAGCUGGGUAUCGUCGCCAUGGUAGCGGGAGGCGUUGACAGGACCGAGGGAGGAGGAAGAGGAGAAGAGUAGGGGCCCCAGUACUGAGCCCUGUGGAACACCAGUCGAGAGAGGCUGAGCAGAUGAUCGGGAGCCACACCAGACCACUUGGUACGAUCUGGCUGACAGGUGGGACUCGAACCCGUUCAACGCUCUUCAGCGUUAGAUGGGUAAGGCACGAAUAAAUAAAAGUGACCGAGGAGUGUUCCAGCGGAAUAGUGUGUGCUAGAAGAGAAAAGGGUCAUUUAGAGGCCAGCGCUGAAAGAAUGAUUAACACGACGUGGGAAACACACAGAAAAGAGCAGUCUGCAGCUCGAAUCACUGCUGUUGAGCACGUUUCUUCUGAAACGCCGUUGUGCAGUGACAUUUACUGCGCUGCGAAACCAACACACCGAUUCCCUCUUUCCGUACUUCGCGCACCGACUCCGCUUGCUUUUCGCUAAAUCCCGACUGUAACGCCUGUCCUCGGUGGCGCCUGAUUGGACGCCAGCCAGCUACGCAGUCGUCUCCGAAACUGUCAUUGGCUGCUGAGCCGAGGCGCAGUUGUGCUCCGGAGCCCGAUUGGGUCGUCUCGCUGUCCGUCAAGCUUGGCCUCCCGUAUGUUUCCCGGAGAGGGGCGGGACUCUGUACCGUAACGUCUGCAACCUGCCGCAGUCGCUCAUGUUCGCCGUCCGUCCGCUGCUCCGCCGUGUCCGUUAACCGCGGAUGCACCGCGAGGCGCUCGGAGCCUCGGUGCGCGUCGGACACGCUCGCGCUGCCGCUCCGCUCGCACGCAGCUCGCGCUCGGUGGGCACCGCGGCUCCUGCUCCCCGCCGGGCAGGUUUAUUCUGUGAAGAUGGCGGUGCGGAGCUCCCUGUGAACUAAAUGACUGUCAGGAACAUCGCGUCCAUCUGUAAUAUGGGCACCAAUGCCUCUGCGCUGGAGAAAGACAUUGGCCCGGAGCAGUUCCCCAUCAACGAGCACUACUUCGGCCUGGUCAACUUCGGCAACACGUGCUACUGCAACUCGGUGCUGCAGGCGCUCUACUUCUGCCGGCCGUUUCGGGAGAACGUGCUCGCCUACAAGGCGCAGCAGCGCAAGAAGGAGAACCUGCUCACGUGCCUGGCGGACCUCUUCCACAGCAUCGCCACGCAGAAGAAGAAGGUGGGCGUCAUCCCGCCCAAGAAGUUCAUCUCGCGCCUCCGCAAGGAGAACGACCUGUUUGACAACUACAUGCAGCAGGACGCCCACGAGUUCCUCAACUACCUGCUGAACACGGUGGCCGACAUCCUGCAGGAGGAGAAGAGGCAGGAGAAGCAGAACGGGCGGCUCAAGGGCGGCGAGGCCGACGACGACGACGACGACGGGCCGGAGCCGACCUGGGUGCACGACAUCUUCCAGGGCACGCUGACCAACGAGACGCGGUGCCUCAACUGCGAGACGGUGAGCAGUAAGGACGAGGACUUCCUGGACCUCUCCGUGGACGUGGAGCAGAACACGUCUAUCACGCACUGCCUGAGGGACUUCAGCAACACGGAGACGCUGUGCAGCGAGUACAAAUACUACUGUGAGAUGUGCUGCAGCAAGCAGGAGGCACAGAAACGGAUGCGUGUGAAGAAGCUGCCCAUGAUCUUGGCUCUCCACCUCAAGCGCUUUAAGUACAUGGAGCAGCUGCACCGCUACACCAAGCUCUCGUACCGCGUGGUCUUCCCCCUGGAGCUCCGCCUCUUCAACACGUCCGGCGAUGCGGUCAACCUGGACCGCAUGUAUGACCUUGCGGCCGUGGUGGUGCACUGCGGCAGCGGCCCCAAUAGAGGACAUUACAUCACCAUCGUGAAGAGCCACGGCUUCUGGCUGCUCUUUGAUGAUGACAUUGUGGAGAAGAUCGACGCCCAGGCCAUCGAGGAGUUCUACGGUCUCACCUCCGACAUCUCCAAGAACUCCGAGUCCGGCUACAUCCUCUUCUACCAGUCCAGGGAGUGACGGCGCCAAGAGCGCCCCCUUGUGGUGACACACCUGACCCCACCCACCACACGCCCCAAUCCCUGCUCUCCCCAUCCUGCUUAUACUUGGGGGGGGAAGGGGGAGAGUGAGGCUGUCCUGUCAUGUUUCUCCCAGCAUGCAGUGGGCUGCGUGCGCUACAGACCCCCGCGGACGACUCACCUGCACCUGAAGGCACUUUAGGACCCGUCCGCUGCAGGACGGACGUGGAGCUGCUGUCUGGACCACACGUCCAAAACCUGAACCCGACCGCUGCGUCUCCUCGGCGUUCCUGGCCGCAGAACCGCGCUGCGCUCCCUUCCCCGUCGGACAAACGCAUCCACAGAGGCGUUUCUGCGCGGGUUCACUUGUCUUUACAAGGAGGACCACGGUUGACGCGCCCUGUGACGCGAAGGCUGUGUUUGGUUUGCCCGUGGUCCGACCGUGUUUCCGUCACCCUCCGGAGGGGCUGAAGGAGCACAGUUAGACUUUGACUGUCUGAUGUCAGUGUUGAGCUGCGUUCCUGCGUGCCACCUGUGGGUUGCGCUCUCUGACCGCACAGACACACGUGUGCGGUCCUCACGACCUUAAACAGACGAACGCCACCAAGAACGCUGCGGCCCGCACCGUGCCGCCCCACCCGGUGAGGGGAUGCUGCCGUCGUACCGCCGAGGAGGAGCCCAGACACCGGGACGGAGUUUCUUUCACAGCCCUCCUCCAUGUUUCCAACCAGGUCCUGGUCCUGCAGGCCAACGACUCGCCUUUGACCGCUGCUGAACCGCUGCUGAGCUGUGGUCUGCGUUUAGCUGAGCAUGGACUGCCCUCAAUAUUCCUGCUCUCCUUCAGUUCUAGAAGCUCUCGUUGUGUCUCGUGCCUCUGCUGUCCCUCCGGCUGCGGUAGAACCGUGGUCGUGGUGGCUGUGUUUCGUCCCUGAAAAUGGGGCAGUGGCCCCUUUAAGGCCAGAAUGCACCUAAAGAACAA